AAAACACAAAAGCUUUUGUAAAAUUUUAUUAUCAAUCAUGAGAUUUGCUAGUUUGUUUGUGGUUUAUUGUACUUUCAUGUUCCUCGACAUAAGCCAUGUCAAAUGUGAGGUGGAACCGGUGCCAUAUUGUAAAGUUAUCACAUGGUACGAUGUUAAAUGUGGUGCUGAUGGAAACAAGACGUGCGUAGACCACCUUAUCAAAGGGCAUAUAUAUGACGUUCCUGUUUGUGAUUGUAGUGAGUUGACGACAUCAGGAAUUCUCUGCACAUGUCAACACCGUUUUCCUUGUAAAGAGCCACCUCCGUUACAUCGUAUUUCCAUCAGAAAACAAAUCCGGGGAUAAACUAGAAGAUUGUAAAAUUUAAUAAAAUGAAAACUAAUAUUACAUGCUGUGGUUUCGGG